AUGCCCUCGAUACCUCAAGAUGGUGGAGGUUAUUAUGCCUCGCCCCGACCAUUCUUCCCCGUCGACCAGGACUACGACACUCCCAGACCGAUGAUAAACCUCACCCAAGACCACUAUGACUCCCCGAGAUCAACCAUCAUCCAAGACCACCACGUCACCCCUCGACCUACCCUCCCCGUGGACCUGGACUAUGACACCCCUCGACCUACCCUCUCCGUGGACCUGGACUAUGACACCCCCCGACCUACCCUCCCCGUGGACCUGGACUAUGACACCCCCCGACCUACCCUCCCCGUGGACCUGGACUAUGACACCCCCCGACCUACCCUCCCCGUGGACCUGGACUAUGACACCCCGAAGAAGUUGACCACAGCUGUUGACCAGGGCCACCGCACCCCACCGAGACCUUCUUCAGGGGACAACCUCGAGACCGAACUCGUACAGCCCAUCAAAAUGACGGUAAGGCAACACAAGGGACACUCAGUCACCCAGCUGUAG